GUGGGCGGGCUGUAGGCCGAUACUCGACUUCCGAUUCCGGUGGGCGUUUGUGGUUCUGCGCCCGUGCUACGUGUCUUUAGCAUCUCAAGGGGCAUCCGGGCAGCUGGGCGAGUAAGGCAGGGUGCUGACCCGAGGGACAAUUAUGGAUCAGGUAAUGCAGUUUGUUGAGCCAAGUCGGCAGUUUGUGAAGGACUCAAUUCGUCUUGUUAAAAGAUGCACCAAACCUGAUAGAAAAGAAUUCCAGAAGAUUGCCAUGGCAACAGCAAUAGGAUUUGCUAUAAUGGGAUUCAUUGGUUUCUUUGUGAAAUUGAUCCAUAUCCCUAUUAAUAACAUCAUUGUGGGUGGCUGAAUGCUUUUUGACAAAACUUUUCAUCUUAUGGAUUAGUGAACAAGUGAGGGUUUGAGAUGCUCAUGAAGUUAAAGUUUCCCUGUUUACUUUUUUCUUCUGAGAUAUUUUCUAUUGCUAAAUUAAAAUAAUUUCAAAAUAAA